CAAGAGAUAUUAUCAAAGAUAUAGCCAGCUAAUUAACAACCAAUCAAGAUUACGAACCUCACUAAAACCUCCCAAUAAAAAGAGAUAUCAACCACAAGUUCUCUAAGUCAAAGUUCAAUAGAAAAAAAAAACAUGGCAUUUUGGCAAACUCAAUUACCCUUUUCUGUUUUCUUAUUCUUUUGCAUUACAGUAUUGGUUUCUUCUGGAAGCAUUAGGCAUUACACACCUCCAAGUGUUACACAUUUAACAGAUCUUUUUCCUAAAAUUCCUGUUAGUGAUGGAUAUUCUAACUUCUAUGGAGACUCACAUAUAAAGCUCACUAGUAAUGGUUCCAUAGCAACUCUUACUCUUGACAAAUCCUCAGGUUCUGGAUUAGCCUCUAAAAACAAAUACCAAUAUGGAUUCUUUAGUGCUGCAAUUAAACUACCAUCUGGUCUUUCUUCUGGUGUUGUAGUGGCUUUUUAUUUGUCUAAUGCAGAUGAUUUCCCACACAAUCAUGAUGAAAUAGACAUAGAAUUACUUGGUCAUGACAGGAGAAAAGAUUGGAUUUUUCAAACAAAUGUAUAUGCAAAUGGAAGUGUUAACACAGGUAGAGAAGAGAAAUUCUACCUCUGGUUUGACCCAACUACACAGCACCACCAUUACAGCAUCCUCUGGAAUAGUCAUCACAUAGUGUUUUUCGUUGACAAUGUACCAGUUAGAGAAUUUCCUCGAAACAAUGCUGUUUUCCCAUUAAAACCCAUGUCAGUAUAUGCAACCAUAUGGGAUGGUUCACAGUGGGCAACUCAUGGUGGAAAAUACCCAGUUAACUACAAAAACGCACCGUUUACAGCUUCUUUUACAGAAAUGGAGAUGAAUGGGUGUGUUUAUUCGAAACAAAAUGAUAGUGUUUCGUUGUGUUCUAAGAAGAACAACCCUUCGAGUUUGGACCCAGUUGAGGGACAUGAGUUUGCCACUCUUUCGAAACAACAAGUUACAGCCAUGGAUUGGGCUAGAAGAAAGCUCAUGCUUUAUUCUUAUUGUAAAGACACAUCAAGAUUCAAAGUCUUACCUCCUGAGUGCAAAUGAAUCAGAGUACAAGAAAUUUCACAAGGCUCUACCAUGUAGUUUUUUUUUUUUUAUUAAUGAUUUUUUUUAUCUAAUAAAUAAAUUGCAUUAUACUGUAAGUUGUAACACCCAAUUUAUUACCAUCCUAUAUUAUAAAGCUCUGAUCUAAUUAUAGUGAUUUUAUUUCAUGAU